GAGAGAGAAAGAGGGAGAGUCCAAGGGAGCAGCGAUGAGGCUGUAAAGGUUGUGUUUUUUUGUGCACAUACUGUAGGUAGGGGAACAAAAUAAACAACAGGUCCCAAGUCGGGCACUGUUGGGAAUGACCCUCUCAGAGACGGACUUAAUCAAUACCAGUGUAUACGGAGAAGGGGAAGGAAGAACGCGCGGGAGAGAGAGAGGUAGGAGCAAGGCCAUCACACACACCUGUGACUGACGCAGGAGGAGAGAGAGGUGGCGGAAAUUUCUGGAACAACAACACACUCUUGGGCCAUGAUGCAAAGCUGACAAACGGAGGUUUGGGAGCCGGCAUAGCCGCGUGCGAGCGAGGAUGCUAAAAACAAUCACACACCCUGCUGUCCCACACACCCCGUCACACACACAUGGCUAAGAGAACGUCCAGCAGAACGUCCAGCAAAACGUCCAAUAGAACGGUUUCAUCAACAGAUUCUCUGGCUAAUUCGUUGAAUGCCAUCAGGGUGAGCACGGAGCUUAUUGAAGAUGAACUGAGACCUCACUUGGACACACUCCUAGCCAUCGCACAGGAGAGGAAAAAGGGAAUGGCGGAGCAGGUAGUUGAAAGCAGCAUCCUCCCCGUUCUGGCCCAUGUGUUAUGGAGGAAGAACAGCGUCACGCUCAAGACCACCAAGCUAGUGGCCGAACUCGCCAGAGAACCCACGAUCCGAGAGCGUUGCUUCCACACGGGCAUCUCCUCCGCACUUCUCUCGCUGCUGGGCAGCUCGGACCAGGAGCUCCUUCUGCACGUGGGCCGAGCCAUCAGCCGCAUCGGCUACGACAGCACGCUGCAGCAGGAGAAGCUCUUGAGGAACGGUGCGGUUCCGCUGCUAGCCUCGGUUCUGCUGCGGUACCCGGAGAACGAGGCGCUGGUGGGGUCGUGUCUGCAAGCGCUCUGCAGCCUAGCGGACAUGGCAGAGGAGGACGGUUCCGCCAUGGUGUGGGAGCCCGUCGGCCACGUGGCCCAGGGGGAGUGGGUCUUCCGCGGAACGUACCGGAACACUGGGAGUGCGCUCUCCUCCGCGGUGACGGUGGUACGGCUGCAGGAGUUGGCUCCGGGGCAGUAUGUGGUGACGGUGGAGGUUCUUCAACGGUGCUCCACGGUGUUUUGGACUGCGCACAGCAAGUUGUCCUCUACGUUCCCUCGUUUCCCUCGACCACACCUGACUGGCUGGCCAAAGUUCUAUAAGGUCAUCAAGUACUCGGUUCAGGGCUACCCCCAAAAAGGCAGCUGGAAAUCAAAGUUGUUUCACACCCUUUUGUGACAAGUUGAAGAAAAAAAAUCUGAACUGAGGAAGUGGUUUGAUAUGAAGUUGUUGUUUUUUUGUCUUAAAGCUGCAGUUGGCACGU